AGCGCCAAAGCCUGCAUUCUCUCUCCCAUUAUCAAAGCGGUCGGACAUAGGCCCUAUGUUCAUGCGAGUUGGUUCAUGAUAUAGAAGGAGUUCAAGUAGGCCCUCAAUAUGGGUACGCCAGCUCCAGCAAGUGAUUUCAAUGAAAACAACCACGACCUUGACCCAGAGAUGACGGAGAGACCUCUAUCGACGAAAUUUGGAAAGGAUACGGAGGAAGAGAAGCCGCAAAAGGACACACUUUUGUUUUGUGAUAUUGUUUGUAUUGCGAGCUUGCUCUCCGUAAACUUAUUUUUCUCUUGUGGUUAUUCGCUGCUGGCGCCGUUUUUCCCGAAAGAGGCUGCUAAGAAAGGAGUCAGUGUAACAAUGACCGGAGCCAUCUUUGCUUCCUACGAGUUUGCCAAUCUGCUUUUUUCGCCACUAGUCGGAGCAGUUAUGAGUAAAGUAACGCCGAAAUAUCUGUUCCUGGGCGGAUGCAUCUUUGGUGCCGUAACUACUUCAUUAUAUGGCUUCCUUGACAUGGCCCAGGACACGAGGACCUUCACAACAUUAUGCUUCAUUCUGAGGAUCGCCGACGCGCUCGCUUCUGCCAUUUGUUCUUGCACCGGUAUGACAAUACUGACGUCAAUUUACCCGUCAAGAGUAUCUACAUUAAUUGGGUUGUCAGAGACAUCAGUCGGGACAGGUUUUAUGGUCGGACCCGCUUUAGGGGGAGCUUUAUACCAGGCUGGUGGUUUCGAGGUCCCCUUUUUCGUGGUAGGGGCGUGUAUUUUAAUUAGUGCGUUUCCUCCCAUGUGUUUGAUUCCGAAACAAUUAAAAUCUGCAGAUCAAGUACUGGAAAACUCGCCGUCGAUAUGGCGCUUACUAACGAGGCCAGCCAUUCUUAUGUCAUGCCUGUCUUAUGCGUUGGCGAUGCUUAUCCUAAACUUUCAGAAUCCUGUCCUGGGGAAGCACCUCGAACAGUUCCACCUCGGCCCGGCGGUCAUGGGUCUCGUUUUCAUCAUUGCCCCCUGUGCUUUCACAAUAGCUGCACCGCUCAUGGGAUUUGUUACAGAUAAGUGGAAAUGCGGGAGGACCUGUACUGUGGUCGGAACCUUUGUUUUGUCGGCGUUGUAUCUUAUAAUGGGCCCCUUUCCCUUAUUCCACUUGCAACCAGCGUUAUGGAUGACGGCAGUGCCUCUUCUUAUCCAGGGGUUAGCGGCCGCCUGUACCACUAUUGCUGGUUUCACACUGAUACUGGAGGAUGCAAAAAAAGUAGGUUUCCCCGACUCUAUGGGAACGAAGGGUUUAGUCUCUGGACUAGUUAUGUUUUCAUUCAACUUUGGCGCAUUUGUUGGGCCGUUGAUGGCAGGAGCUCUUGUUGGUGCUGUGGGGUAUGGCUGGGCAUGUUCCGUCGUCUCCCUCGUAUCAUUUGUAGUUGCGAUUAUUUUUAGUAUAACGUAUGGCGUUUUACGUUAUCAACAACGCUCCCUUUCGGAGCCGGAAACACCUUUUCUCGAGGACGACAAGAAUCAACUGAAUGAAUCGAGUCACAUAUUGAUGAGAAAGAUCCCAACGUAUUCAUCACCUUCUAGUGAUAAGCCGUCAUCAUCGCCAUCUAGUCAUUAGCGGUCAAUAUUGCAGUUCUGCAAUGCGUGAUGCACAAAAUAGACAGGAACUUUUGCCAUGGACACGAGAUUACACAGGCACGUCUCAACCCUGGAGAAUCGAUUCCCUAGAUUGCCACGAAUCGGACCUUUAAACUCGCUUAUGUAAUUAAGGGUGACUUUGAUCUCCUGCUCUCCUCAGUCAGAUGGACAGCUACACAAAACUAAAAUCCCGGACAGUUAUACAAGGUUCUUGCCCUUCCCUCAAAGGGAUGUUCCUUUUCGCUACCUUGUGCGCCUUGUCCCAAAUGAUGUGCCAUUCCUCUGAUCUGCAGGAUGUGUCAGGUUCUACAUGGUGCCGCAUGUCUCAUCUGGAUGUGCCCUCACUUUCAUAGCGCAGCAUCAGUGUUGCUAUUAUUACAGAGUGUACCAAGUCUUUGUUGGAUGUGCCAUGCCUCUUUACUUGGCGUACUCAGUCUGGUCUGGAUGUGUCCUCUCCCAACGUUGUGCACCUUGUUACUACAGGGUGGACGGCCAUGUCUCUACCCUUUGAAAAAUGUAUCUCAUUUUUACAUGGUGAUCUGUCAGCACUUCACCAUAAUGAAUUGGGACGGUGAAAUAUUCACCAUGGUAAGCAUGUUGCAUUCACCAUGGUGAGCAUGUUAAAAUAUGUGCAUUCACCAUGGUGAGCAUGUUAAAAUAUGCAUUCACCAUGGUGAGCAUGGUAAACUCCGAUUUCAUCACGGUGAAUCCCUGAUCAUUUUCGUAAGGGUCGUCUUCUCACCAAGGUAUACAAUUAUUUCUUCUGGGUCUACCUGCUGGUCCAGGGUAACAGGGUAUUAAAUGCAAGGCAAGUAGAGAUACCAAGCGUAUACCGUGAGAAGCAAGCCCAUGGAAUUCAUCACAGCCUCUUCGAGUAACGUGCUUGAUAUUAAAAUUAUGGUUUUGAAGAAAUCCAAUCUGGCCUCUUACAUGUACAUGUAUAUGAUAUGAUUGCUAUUAAAUCGCAUUUAAUUGUGAUGAUUUUCAACAAGAAAAACACUCGGGUGUAGUC